CGCAUCAGUGGAGCAGCCUCCCAGCCGACUGAGUCACUUCAACACCAGCCAGCAGCGAGACAGAACCACUCCUUACCGAAGACUGAGCCCACUAUCCCGUUUAUCUUCUGUUAAGAUGAAGCUCCUUCUGAUUCUGGGAAUUCUGACCACAUGUUUGGCGACUCCUCAAGAUCUGACGGGGAAGAUGUUCACUUUCCCACGGAGUAGUAUAACAUCCUACGUCAAGCUGUUUGCAUCAAGGACUCAGUUCAGUGCGGUAACUCUCUGCCAAAGGUUCCUGACUGACCUCAAGAGAGAUUAUUGCUAUUUCUCUCUGUCCACCUCCAAGUCUUCCAAUGGCUUCAUGUUGAUGUGGGAUGCAAAGAAUAAAGAGCUAGAGGUCUAUACCCAGGAUGUGACAUCGAUAUUCAACAUCCCUGGAGCCAUGGAGCUGAACAUGUGGCACUCACUUUGUACCACGUGGGAAUCCACUUCUGGGCUGGUGCAGGUGUGGCUGGAUGGGCAACAGUCUCCUCGGAAGUCAGGCUUCUUAGGAGGAAAGUAUGACGAUCGCGCCAUGAUCAUCGUGCUCGGGCAGGAGCAGGACAGCCACGGAGGCUCGUUCGACUUCAACCAGAGUUUUACUGGGAUGAUGUCCGACGUGCACAUGUGGAGCAAAGCCUUGAGCCCGUGUGAGAUCCGAGCCUACCUGGACGACGGCGACUUCACUCCGGGGGACGUCAUCAACUGGAAGGGGCUGGAGUUCCAGAUUUUUGACCAAGUGCUAAUUGAAAACAAAGAUUUGGUUGGUUGAAUUGAAAUAUUGCCACAGGAUAGACACAAAGAAAUCCUGCUUCAAAUGCAGAACAAAGCCCAGAGAUGUGAAUCAGUGUUUUCUGUUUUCUUCCUCUUAAUGUCGAGUCUGGUGUCCAUCCAAACCUCUGCUCAUUGACCCAAACCUGUGUCCAAAAACUGCUAUCAUUCUGCUGCACCUGCUGUACUGUGAUUCAAUAAACGGCAC